AUGUCAGACAGCCUCCGCCAAUUUGGCUUCGAUGUGAACACAUCUGCUUGGUCCAACAACGAUACAGCAAUUGAAUACCAGGACAUUCUUACGAACAAUCAGACGGCUAUCCACAACUUGGUGAUUUUCUCAAACGAUAUGCACUUCAAUGCCAGGGUUCUCGACAAUGAAGAAGUCGGUCUGGUCUCGCGGAAUACUGUCUUACGAACAAAGGAGAUUGAAGUCUACUACCAUGCUUCUGGGCAGUGUUAUACAACACAUACCAAGGCGCAGGUAGCUGUGGGUAUUGAAGAUAUCAUUGCUCGUGUCUAUCACAACGAUUAUUAUGCGUCUUGCUGGGCCUUGCGGUUUGGUACCGGCAGUUAG